GCGAUAAUUUUAGGUAUUAUUUUGGUUGUUUCAAUUCGUCCGGGUGCUGGGAGCUUUGACGAUAUGGAGUCAGUAGAGAAGAACGCACGAGAGUCCACAACUGCAGACACCUUGAUGGAUCUGGUCAGAAACAUGUUUCCUCCGAAUCUGUUUCAAGCAACUAUAGAACAGUAUAAGACAGUGAUUACUCAUCCAGAAUCAAGUGAAAACGAUACUUUUAGGGAGAACGUCACUGAAGUUUCCAAAGAUGAGUGGGACAUCAGCGGAGAAUUCAUAUCGUCAACCAACAUUCUCGGUCUGGUGGUGUUUUCAUUGGUUUUGGGUGUCACUCUUGCCAAUAUGGAAGAUAAAGGAAAACCCUUGUUGGACAUGAUUACCAGCAUUAGUGAAGCUAUGAUGCUUAUUACCGCUAAGGUUGUUUGGUUUACUCCUAUAGGUGUACUAUUUCUAAUUGUUGCCAAACUAAUUGAAAUGGAAGAUUUGUCAGUUGUAGCUGGUCAGCUCGGUUUGUUUACUGUCACUAUAUUGGCAGGAUUCUUUAUCCACGGCGUCAUAAUCUUGCCAGCAAUCUAUUCUGUAAUCACGAAGACAUGGCCUUUUAGCUUCAUUUAUAACAUGAGUCAAGCUUUAAUGACGGCCUUUGGAACAGCUUCAAGCUCAGCAACGCUGCCAGUAACUAUAUCGUGUUUAGAACAAAAGAACAAGGUAGAUCCCAGAGUGUCAAGGUUUUGUCUACCUAUCGGAGCUACUGUUAACAUGGAUGGAACAGCUUUGUACGAAGCUGUAGCAGCUAUUUUUGUGGCCCAGCUUCGAAAUGUUCCCCUUACGGCUGGGAACAUUAUUGCUAUUAGCAUUACUUCUACGGCAGCCAGUAUUGGAGCCGCUGGUAUUCCUCAAGCUGCUCUUGUUACCGUGGUGUUAGUGCUAAAUGUCGUUGGCCUGCCACCAGAGGACGCCACUCUAGUUUUUGUGGUGGAUUGGUUUAUGUAA